CGGCGGCGGUGGCGGUGGCGGUGCACUGGAGGCGGCCAUGGCAAAGCAGUACGACUCGGUGGAGUGCCCCUUUUGUGAUGAGGUGACCAAAUACGAGAAGCUCGCUAAGAUCGGCCAAGGCACCUUCGGGGAGGUAUUUAAGGCAAAGCACCGUAAGACCGGCAAAAAGGUGGCUCUGAAGAAAGUGCUGAUGGAGAACGAGAAGGAAGGGUUCCCCAUAACAGCCCUACGGGAAAUCAAGAUCCUUCAGCUUCUAAAACACGAGAACGUGGUUAACUUGAUUGAGAUCUGCCGAACCAAAGCUUCUCCCUAUAACCGUUGCAAGGGCAGCAUAUACCUCGUAUUUGACUUCUGCGAACAUGACCUUGCUGGGCUGCUGAGCAACGUCUUGGUCAAGUUCACGCUGUCCGAGAUCAAGAAGGUCAUGCAGAUGUUGCUCAAUGGCCUCUACUACAUCCACAGAAACAAGAUCUUGCACAGGGACAUGAAGGCAGCCAACGUGCUCAUCACCCGCGAUGGGGUUCUGAAGCUGGCAGACUUCGGUCUGGCCCGGGCCUUCAGUCUGGCAAAGAACAGCCAGCCCAACCGCUACACCAACCGUGUGGUGACGCUCUGGUACCGGCCGCCGGAGCUGUUGCUCGGAGAGCGGGACUACGGCCCCCCCAUUGACCUCUGGGGUGCCGGGUGCAUCAUGGCGGAGAUGUGGACCCGCAGCCCUAUCAUGCAGGGCAACACGGAGCAGCACCAGCUCGCCCUCAUCAGCCAGCUCUGUGGCUCCAUCACCCCCGAGGUGUGGCCCAACGUGGAUAAGUAUGAGCUGUUUGAGAAACUGGACCUGGUCAAGGGCCAGAAGCGGAAGGUGAAGGACAGGCUGAAGGCCUAUGUGCGUGACCCCUACGCGCUGGACCUCAUCGACAAGUUGCUGGUGCUGGAUCCCGCCCAGCGCAUCGACAGCGACGACGCCCUCAACCACGACUUCUUCUGGUCCGACCCCAUGCCCUCGGAUCUCAAGGGCAUGCUCUCCACCCACCUGACGUCCAUGUUCGAGUACCUGGCGCCGCCGCGCCGGAAGGGCAGCCAGAUCACCCAGCAGUCCACCAACCAGAGCCGCAACCCCGCCACCACCAACCAGACGGAGUUCGAACGCGUGUUCUGAGGGCCGGCUGCCGGCUUGUCGCGUCAGGGCAGUUUUCAUUUUUCUCCUGCCGUGUGACCUGCGUGGUGGCAGUUAUGGGGCAUUUGAGUGUUCUCUAGUGCUUUAUUUUAUUUAAUCCCCACCUGGGCACUGGCAAGGCCAGCUGCGUGGACUGGAGGAAAGCUUUGGCCGAAAGCCCAGGAGGGCACGGGGGCUGCCUCCCCUUGUCCCCUGGCUCUCGAGACGAUGACCAGAGGGUCUCCGUUUACUUUCAGACAGGAACGGGGUGGGCGGAGAGGCACACCCCACCAGUGACUUUCUAAGCGUCCCCAGUGUGACCGGAGGAGGGGACAGGCCCCUCGCCCACUGCCAGCCCUUCCUCUCAAGAUGAGAAACUUGUUGGGGGGUAGGGGGGUUGGGGACAGAACCGGCCUUGGGAACGGGCCGGUCUCGGCCCAGCCCUCAGAAACACCAGGGCCGCCAAGAAUUUGGUUUCUUCAGUAGGACAUUUUAUCGUGUUUUCUUUCAUUCGGUUGUUUGGAGACAUUCCUGGACAGAGUUUGGUCAGUUACCAUUAAAGUUGGCUUUUUUUUUUUUCUUUUUUCUUUUUUCUUUUUCCCCCAGUAAGUGGUUAUGUGCUGUGUUCUGUGUUCAGACCGCCAGCUCUUAACCCCGUGGCCAGCCUGUUGGGCCUAACUGUUGAGAUUUGACUUGUCCACUCUUGGCUCUUUCCUUCAUCCCCGUCCAUGCCUCCGGACAUAAUUGUAGAGUCUUUUGUUUUUCUUUUGAGUACCUUCCAGAACACCUGUUACGAUGCUCUCUCCGUCUCCUCUCCUCCAUGUCAGAGGAAAAGGGAAGACAGAUGAGACAGGGUAUCAGUUCCCCGGAGAAGGAUCCCGGGAGGGUCUGCGGUCGGCCGCAUCUGGAGCGGUGACAGACGUGGCAGUGACCGGCAGACGUGUUCACACCUGACUCACUGGCACAGAAGGCUGCAGAAGGCUCUUAAUCAGAAUGAGAACCGUCAGAUGCGUAGCUUGCCAAGGGCCCUCGGGCUGCUGAGUAGUGGGUGGCUUAGGGGAGGCGAGAGAGGAAGGACCAGAGCAGUUUAAAGGAUCCUCAGGGUUUUGGGGAGGUGGCAGCCGCCUGGAUUAGGAUGCUGAGCAGGCAGGAGGACAGAGAACUCUGUGACCGCCGGAGUGUCAGGUAUCGGAGCUCCUUGGAUGAGAAGCACAUUCUGGAGGAUUCGUCUCUUGUGAGCACGAAGCUGAGAACAGACACGUUUUGGGGCAAAUUCUUCUACACUCUGGUCACAGGUGGAGGCCUUUGGAAGGGGGUCCCCAGAGGAAGGUCGGCCAAACCUCUUGCCAGAACUGUCCCUGCAGAAAUGGACCCGGAUCCCCGCUUCACAAAAGUCAAGUUGAAGUAAAAACAAAAAAAACCA